AUGAAUACGAGCUAUCGUGCUGUGACCUCCACUGCUCAAUGUUUGAAACAUUCUUGCAACCUUGCAACGAUACCUCGGCCAUUUAAUUUGAUAUUUCAUCUGUAUACCGCACUUUCCUUUAUCACUCCGCCCAUUUCACCGAUCUGUUGUGGACGGUUGCAUGAUGUUGCCAUCGUCUUCCAAGUCCUUGUGUCAUUUAUUUCCAGAAUCUAUAUUGGUUUCUACUGCGAGCCCCGGAUACAAACGCUUUAUUCGUCAAUGAUUCGGCCUCAGUCCCUCGAUUAUUCAACUUGUCCGGGCUUUUUGACAGGAUUUGUUGUUGUACAUCCCCAGCUGCUGAACCAAAAGUGGAGACUUGCGCAACAGGCCUCCACGUUGCUCGCAACGGGUUGCUUUUCGAUGAAACUGUGA